UCUGCCUACUUUGUCUGUCUGUCUUACUUUUUGCAAAAAUUUUAUAAUGCAGGAAUCGGUGCAAAAUGUAUUUGCUGAGUUCAUAUGUUGAGAAUGUAGAUGGUUAUAAUAUAUGUUGUGAGAUUUUACCUUAUGCAGUAUAACGUUUUCAGUGCAAAAUAUGAAGCUGUAUCGUAAAACAUUACUGAGGCCAGAGUUGUAGCUAUGGUACCUAUCAAUGAUGAAGUUUUCAUUCCUUAGAUAUUUUCAGUGAGUAAUGAAAAUCCCUGAUGAAAACAAUUUAAUGAGUCCAUGCCAGCCUUGCUUCAUAACAUUGCCUUGAAUACUUCUUCACAAAUUCCAGUACAAUUCCAAAUUCCACAGUUAUGACUGGCGCUACUUUGAUGGGAUCCCUGACAACUUCGAUUAUUCGAUAGUAGUCAACUUUCAAGGAUGAUGGAAUAAUGUGCAACUCUUACAUGUGUGCACGAUGUACUAAAAGUGGAAGAAAACUGUUUAUCACGAAGCUAGGAUUUUAAUGUUGAAAAACAAUAUUGUACUUAAUUUGUAAAUUCAAUGUCAUGCCUGCCUGAUUGUGGCUGUCCAAAAACUGUUCAAGAAACUGCUGUUGAAGGAGAUAUUGCUCAUGACGAAUCCUCUUACAGACCUUUAUCAGAAUCAAUACCUCUCUUACCCAAAGAUACCACCAUGAUUACUUACGAAGCUGAUGCUUCACAGUAUGCUCUGUUAGCUAUAAUUGGAAAAGGCCUGAAAGAUGCAGUUACAAUAUCAGUGGCACGACAUAUUACUACUGGGCAACAAGUUGCCAUACGUAGGACAAAUUUAGACUUUUGUGUUGAAGAUGUUACAUAUAUUCAGAGGGAGAUUUUAGUUACUAAGCAAUUAAGGCAUGAAAAUCUUUUGCCAUAUUAUUGCUCAUUCGUGUUUCAUAAUGAGGUAUGGGCUAUAAUGCCACUUAUGACGUAUGGUUCAGCAAAAGAUGUUAUGUACACACAUUUUACUGAAGGGCUACCAGAAAUAGCUAUAGGCUUAAUAUUGAAAGAUGUACUGUCAGCAUUAGAUUAUGUUCAUAAGAGAGGUUUUAUUCACAGAAGUGUAAAAGCAAGUCAUAUUUUAAUUUCAUCAUCAGGAAAAGCCUUGCUUUCUGGACUUCGAUAUUCUUGUAAUGUUAUUAACAAUGGGAAAUGGCAAACUGUUAUUCAUUCUUUUCCGCCUGAUUCUGUAACAAAUCUAAACUGGCUGAGUCCAGAAUUGCUUGAACAGAAUUUAAUGGGAUAUAAUGCAAAAUCAGAUGUAUAUAGUUUAGGUGUGACUGCAUGUGAGUUGGCGAAUGGUAUUGUGCCGUUCGCUGAAAUGCCACCUACACAGAUGCUUCUAGAAAAACUUCAGGGUUAUCACCCUAGACCAUUGGAUUCUCGCACUUAUUAUAGCAAUGAAGAUUCUCACUCACAAGGAACUUUAGGAGAUGUUUAUCAUAUGAGACAAUUCUCUGAUUCUUUUCACAUUUUUACAGAAUUAUGUUUGCAAAGAGAUCCAAGCAGAAGGCCAACUGCAGCUCAGCUUUCUCGUCAUUUGUUCAUCAAACAAAGUAGAAAAUCAAAUAUAGCCUUGCAAGACAUUUUAGCUGUGGUAACACCUAUUGCUGAUCAAAUUCCCCCUUAUAAAGAUGAAGAGACAUUUGCUAUGGAAGAUAAAUUGCAAGAGUUAACUAUUAACGAUCCUUGGAAUUUUUAAAUUUUGUAAAGAUCAUAUAUUUUGUGAAUGAUUAUCAAAUCAUUCAACAAACUUAUCUGCCUUUUUUUAUGUACAUUUUUACUUACAGAAAAGAAUUAGUGAAUUAAGUAAAAUUUAUAAUUUAGCUAUAUAUGUAAAUAUCUUUUUCUUCAUCUUUCUUCGUUAGAAAUCAAUUACCUUUUUUCAAUCUAAUAUAUUAUUUCAUAUGAUGUUUUGAGCUGACAUCAGUAGUUUUGUUUUUAGAAUUUCAAGUCAAUAUUAUGUUUAAAUUGUGAAAUUACUACAAUGACAUAAUACUUUCCAUUGACCUCACCAUAUAUUAUUCAGAAAUAUUUGCAAUUUUAUCAGAGAGGAUGUGUUACUUCUAACUAUACAUAUUAGUCACUGAAUACAUGGGUAAGACAUGCAAAAUAAUUCUUUCUAAAAUCAGGAUAUUUAACAUAUAGAUAAUCUGAAAUAUUUACUAUUGAUAUACAAGGUUGAUUUUUGUAAAAAGAUGUGCCAUAUAGUUUUAAAAUUAUUCCAAGAUUAUUCUUGCGUUAUUCACAAAAAGUUUUUGUUCUGUUAUGUUUUUCCUUAUGAGUUUUUUCAAAUGCAUGCGAAUCAUCUCCUGUUCUGUAAAAAUAAAUUAAUGCUGUUUAUUAUUA